AUGGCAUCUCUUGCUGAUAAAGAGACGGACCAAUCUGAAUUGGAAAAGAAAGGUGGCUCGAUUCAGGAUGUCACUGAACAUGCACCUCCGCGGAAACGACCGCACGACAUAUCUGCCUUCUUCGCAGCCAUACGAGAGAGACCAAAGGUUUUUGGAUGGUGCAUAUACGCUUGUUACUGUUCGCUGGUGGUAGCGUUCGAGAGCGUAGCCACGGGGUCAUCUACAAGUAUUCCACAAUUUCGAAAGGACUUUGGGUACCCGUUUUCAGACGGCUACGUACUGGAUGCCCGUUGGCAGGCUGCCUUCGACGCCGGCCCACGGAUUAGUAGCGUCAUUGCUACAUUGAGCCAAGGCACACUGGCGGAUAAAUUUGGUCGCAAGAUGAUGUUUAUCGGCUCACUUAUUAUCUCAUUUACAGCCUACUCCUUGGAGGUCGCAGCCGAAACCAACGUUGUUUUCUUUUGUGGCAGGGUCCUGAACGGCAUUACACUCGGUGUGUCAACGGCAACGGCAAUGACUUAUUCUAGUGAAAUCAUAUCUCUACCUCUACGAGGCUUCAUUCCUUGUUUCAAUGCUCUCAUGAUUGCUGUGGGACCGUUCACCGCAACAGCCAUCAUAGACAGAACCCAAGAUCUCAACAGUCACUGGGCAUACAGAGCAGUUUUCACAGCGCAAUUCGGAGUCGCCGGCCUUGCAGCUGUGCUGGUAUGGUUCCUCCCGGAGUCACCAGUCUGGUUGAUGCGAAUCGGGAAGGAAUCUGAGGCGCGACGGUCGCUGUGCCGAUUGGGAUACACGGACACCAUGGCAGUUGACACGGAGGUUUCUCGGAUUCGAAGCGCCUUGGACAAAGAAAUCCAGGACUGCGGAGAUCGCACAUCAUAUCGAGAGUGCUUUCGCAAGUCCGACCUCCGCCGCACCAUAAUCUCUGUCAUGCCUCUUGCAAUCCAAGCCCUGGGAGGACAGUUUUUCUUCGCCUUUUAUUUCGCUUACUACAACCAGCUUGUCGGAUACAGCGUCCACGAUAGUUUUCAUCUCCAAUUUAUUCAGUACGCCUGCGUGAUAGUCGCCAAUGUAUGUUCGUGGUAUCUGGUUGAGAGGCUGGGACGCCGCACGUUGACAAUAUAUGGUACCUUCGCUCUGACGGUAGUUAUAAUGCUCUGUGGGGGUCUCGGGACGAAUGGGAGCCCCAUUGCUAUCAAGGGCACUGUUUGCACCUUCAUUCUCUACGGCUUCUUUUUCAACAUCGGUAUCGGUGCUACAGGAUUCAUACUCCUUUGUGAGGUGGCUAGCUACCGUCUCAGGGGCAAAACCAUCGCUUUAGGAGUCUCGUUGCAACACUUGAUUAACUUGGUGUGGGCUUUUACUGUGCCCCUCAUGAUCAACCCGGAUCAUGGCGAUAUGGGCGCCAAAGCUGCCUUUAUCUUCGGAGGGCUCAACAUCUUGUGCUUGAUAUACCUGUGGCUCUACCAGAUCGAGACCAGAGGACGGAGCUUUCGCGAGCUCGAUGAGCUGUUCUAUAAGGGCAUUAGCGUUCGAGACUUUGAAGGUUACGUGACUGAAGCCCAAAGAAGCUGA